UUCAUAACCUUUUCAACCAAAAAUUAGUUUAUAUUCUAAUAAAAAUACCGUAUCCAAAAAUGGUUUCCCAGAUUGAUAUAACUUAUACUCAAAUUAUAAAUUAUUUCAAUGUUUAUUGUAGACGAACGAUUCGACUGUUGUUGUUCAUUUUUUCUAUCCCGUUGUUGUUUUCUAUUUUCUAUUUACAUUCACGAGGGACAGUGAAGGAACACCAUUCACAAUUCAAUUCUAUCGAUUGGGAUUUGGGGCUAUAUGUAAAAUACAACUUGAUGGAGGAGACAUACGGAGGAAAAUGGAACAAAACCCCAGAAAAAUAUCAUCUUUAUAACAACUGCACUUUGGAAUAUGCAAAUUCCAAUAAAUUGCAGCAAGACCAUCCCUGUGUCAUUCGACUUAUUCAGAACACUUUUCUGCGUCAGCCGUCAUCUAUACACAUCCCUUAUAACCUAAACUACCCAGAAAAGUCUGAUCCUUCUGAUGGACAAUCAAAAGGAAUUCUUCGACUUUUAAGAAAUCAAACUAAUGGCUUUUUCAUCGAGUGUGGUGGGUAUGAUGGGGAACACCUAUCUAAUACUCUAUUUAUGGAGCGAUUCCUGAACUGGAAGGGCAUGCUUAUUGAAGCAAAUAAAAAGUCUUUUGAUUUACUUUCAACCCGUAAUAGAAAAGCUUACAUGUCACCUGUUUGUCUCAGUACAAACCCAUACCCCAUGCAAGUUUUCUACAAUACAACACAUACACUUCGAAGUUCUAUUGUUGAGAAAGAAGAAACAACAUUUGGGCAAGAAACAGGAAGUCAAAGCAGUGAAUAUUUUUUAACAAACAAUUCAGAAAACGUUUACAAAACACAAUGUUUUCCAUUAUAUUCGUUACUACUUGCUGUUGGCAGAACGCAAAUCGAUUAUUUCAGUUUAGACGUUGAAGGUUCUGAAUACAAGAUACUGAAAACCAUUCCUUGGGAAAAAGUUGAUAUCAAGACAUUGACUGUGGAGUGGGAUCAUACUGUUGAAGGUGAAGGAGCCAUAACACGCUUAUUAGUAAACAAUGGGUUUGUCAAAUUUGGUCACAUUGAAAUGUCAUACUCACGUGAAGUUGUUUUCGUCCAAGACUUUCUUAAGGAUCUCAGACUUUAUGAAUAA